UCAAAAGGUACUAAGAACAAAGGUGUUGUCAUUUAAGGAGUGAUGGACCAGGUAGAAUGCCAGAAGUAUGAACGCCUUCUUGGACGUGUGACAAACUCCGUCCAAUUGGAGAAGUUUGUGCAUGCCAUUGAGUCUGCUGAGGCCCAACUUCGAGACGAGUUGGACGACUACAUCGAUUCCAGAAACCAUGUACAGGAGAGUAAGAAGAUCGAGCUUGCACGGACCGAGCUGUCCACCACGUUGAAUAAUUCGAGUAAUCUUGUGAACCUGUUGUCCAAUGCAGGGUCACUGGCCUCCAAGAUCACCGCGAGGGUGAGACUCCUUGAUGCUGAAAGGGCUAGAGUCAGUGAGACAUCAGAGUACGUGGCGAAGGUUAAGGAGUUGAAAACGUCUGUGUUGGCCGUCAAUGCUGCAUUUGAACAGCACGACUGGGAGUCUGCUGCAAGAACGAUUGGCACCAUACGUACUCUGCCUAGAUCUGGCGAAUUUAUAAAUGCAGUGGUUCCAUCCACAGACGUUCCAGAAGUUCCUCAAGUUGUCGUUGAUAAGUGGAUAGACCAACUCACGGAUCUCUUCAGCUCAGAGUUCUCAAAGGCUGCUGAGGCGAGAGACGUACCAAGACUGACGAAACUGUUCUCUCUGUUUCCUCUCAUUGGUAAAGAAGCGAAAGGUUUGGACUGUUACUCGAUCUUCAUAUGCAAUAUCAUUGCAUCUCAAAGUAGGUUGAUUAUAACGAAUCAAUCACAGCAGGAUAUUGUGGGGUUCUAUCCAGCAGCGCUCAUGAAACUAUUGGAGAUUGUGUCGACAAUGAUCAACCAACACUCACACGUCAUUGCUAAGUACUAUGGCCUUUCUCAUAUGACUGGAAUCAUUGAAAGGGUCGAAAGAGAAACAGAUUCUCAAGCAGGACUUAUUGGUGAUACGUUCUACGACCAUAGACAUUUCGCUAGAACCAUCGAUGAGAUUCAACUGUACUCGUUUCCUCUUUUGUCAAAUAAUUCACAAUCAAGAAAUUCACCCUCUCCAAGAGGUAGUGGUGAGUACAAAAGAAUGAGCGAAGAAGGUAUAUCUGUUGUGAUGAUUGGUGAUUUGGCCACCGAAUUAUCUUCUUUCCUACACUAUUGGUCGCUAUACUGUAAGUUUAUCGCAGUCAAAUGGAACGAGUACAAAGGAAUUGACCAAGAGGAGUUGAAGUUACCGACUCCUAUAUUGGAGAGUAAAUUCUUUAAGAAAAUCCAGGGUAAAUUCUUACCAACUUUUGAAGUUUUUAGUACUUUUUAUGUCAGGAGGUCAUUAGAACAGGCUUUCCAAAUCGAGGAGUUCCCAGAUUUGAACGUCUACAUUAAACAACUCAAGAGUACAUCACCAGAGUCACCACCCGUGUCUUCUGCUAUGGAGGAUUUCAUCAUGGUGGUUUCAACAGCUUUGAAGCAAGCCAUUGAAACGGGACAACCUGUGACAGUAAAGAACAUCAUCAACAACGUGAAGAAGAUACUUGAGAGCGACUAUAUUAUGACACUGCAUAAGAGAUUAAAGGAUCUGCACCCACGAUCUGGUGCUGUACUUCAAGCAUCUACCACUGCAAGUGCAGCACCACAACCUAAGCAACAAAAUACUGUGGGAAGUAUAUUCAUGAGGGGUGCCAAUGCACUGAAUCAGAUCGCAGCAGGUGAAGAUACAAGACUGCAUACGUUUAUAAUCUUGUUGAACACCGUGAGUUUGGGAUCGAUAUACUUUGACAAGAUCAUAAAGCAAAACACGUCACUACUUGCUACGAACUAUCCCUUUGGAUCAGAUGCCACCAAGCUAGAGACAAUCAUUUCGUCCGUGAAUGAUCAAUUCAAGAAGAGAUCGCAAGGAAUUCUUGACGAACAAGUACAAAUUCUUUUCAACCAGGUUCUGAAGAACAAGCUCAAGAUCCUUCUAACAGACUGCUUCAAGGAUGUUGAUUACCUGAUCAGUUCAUACGACGAAGACGACAACGUUGUUACAAGAAGGUUUGUUCAAAGCUGGAAUGCCCUUAUAUCUCCAUAUUUGAAAACACUGGACUCACAUGUCUACGACACCCUCAUCACCACCAUUGUCUCAACACUCUCAAACUUGUUGGAAAGAAAGCUGUGGAGCCUAGAGAAGAUCAUCAACGAGCUGGGCUCAAUCAAACUGGAGAGAGAUUUCAGUGGACUUAUUGGUGAGAUUACGCAUAAUAAGUACAGCUUAAGGGAUAAGUUCUUGAGGGUUACGCAGAUCAUCAUGAUCUUAGGCUUCGACGAUGAGGAGGAUGAGAUCGAUAUGAACUGGGUUCUCACACCAUCCGAGAGACAGAAGGCAAGGUCGCUUAGAGUUGAUAGAAAGUGAUUACAUAAUUCUGCAAUGAGUAAAGCUACAAGG